AUGACAGAUGCCAAAGAAAUAUACAAUUUAUUUACACUAAAAAAUAAUAUAAAACUGUCAAAAGAAGCCUUACAGUUACUAAAAAGCACAGAAUUAGAUAUAAAUGAUAUAAUUAAAGAGUACAAACAGAUGUCUUCUACAUCCUUACUAGACAUAAAUGCCUUAAACGAUAUAAUAUAUAAAAAUUGUAAAAUCGUAUAUAAAAAGUACGAAUAUUUUUCUCUUCUCGCACAAUUUAAAAUAUUACGAUCUCGUUAUAGUGAUUUAACUGAUAUUAAACAGGUUGAUAAAUCCCCUGUUUAUAUUUUUGGAUAUGUAUAUACAGACAAAAAUGAUACUAAAGUGAUUGAAGAUCCUACAGGAAUAAUUAAAAUAGAAGGUACACCUUACAAAAAUAUUUUUUUACAUUUAAAAGGUUGUAAAAAAGGAGAUGUAUUUGUUGUAACAGGAUGUACGAAUAACGAAAAACAGGUAUAUAAACAUAGUGACAUGCAGAUAAAGAAUAAGUCAAAUAUAGCUUUUACGUCUACGGAAAAAUAUCCCAAUUUUUCUAUAAAAAACGUACCGUGCGAAAAAUCGUCUUUUUUUACCGUCAAUGUUGAAUCUAAAAAUCCAUACGAAAUAAAAGACUCUUGGCCUAGAAUAUUAAAUAUUAAUAUAUUUAAAAUAUGUAUUCUUAAUAAAGCGGUAAUAACCGAUAUUAAAGAUAUACCAGUAUAUUUAGAGUGUCAUAAUUUUAAUUUUACAACAGACUAUGACUUUUUUUAUGAGGAAACAUUUAAUUUAUUUAUAAUUUCUAGUAGUAUUAAUUUAAUUUAUAAGUAUCAAGAUAUUGUAUUUAUAAUGUUAAAAACGGGGAGUGAGUUGAUUGUUAAGGAAAGUAAUAUAACUAUAACUGAAUAA